AUGGAAAAAUUCGACGUUCUCAUAUGCGGCAGUGGUUCCGCUGGCCUCUGCGCCGCCACCUGGCUCGCCCGUUACGGCAUUCGAUGCAAGAUCCUCGAGCGGCGCGAUGGCCCCAUGAAGAUGGGACAGGCAGAUGGUGUCCAGUGUCGGACUGUUGAAAUUUUCGAGAGUUUUGGUGUUGGCGAGGAGUUGUUGCGUGAGGCUUACCAUGUUCUUGAAGUCAACUUUUGGGCAGAUGAUGGAUCGGGUAUUAAGCGCACUGGUCGGACGGCUGAUACGCAGCCUGGGUUGUCGCAUCAGCCGCAUGUUAUUUUGAACCAGGCACGCAUAAAUGGAUUGCUUAUUGAGGUGAUGCAGAGGUACAAUGAUCAGCACAUUGAUUAUGGGUAUAAUGUUACCGACGUCAAGGUGGAUAGCACAUCUGCUGAAGAUCCUGAUGCUUAUCCUGUCAUGGUGACUGCGGAAAGGGACGGGAAGACAGAGCAGUUUGCGGCAAAAUAUGCCUUGGCGUGCGAUGGUGCACACAGCGUUGUUCGUAAGGCUCUUGGGUACAAGAUGAUUGGAGAUAGUAGCGAUGCAGUUUGGGGAGUGAUGGAUAUGGUCCCUCGCACAAAUUUCCCUGAUUUCCGCAAGAAGUCGGCCAUUCGCUCCAAAGACGGGAAUAUAUUAAUUAUCCCCCGAGAAGGCGAGAACAACAACCUGACAAGAUUCUACACCGAACUGCCCGCAGGGACAAAUCCAAAGGAUGUGACUUUGGAGAAGCUGCAGCAUCAGGCACAGAAGAUCUUGAGCCCAUACCAGAUUGAAUUUGCUGAGACGGUAUGGUGGUCUGCAUACUCGAUUGGUCAGCGCCAUGCCGAUUUCUUCCAUAAGGACUAUCGAGUCUUCUUGGCUGGUGAUGCUUGCCACACCCAUUCUCCUAAAGCUGGUCAGGGUAUGAAUGUUAGUCUGCAAGAUGGUUACAAUAUUGGAUGGAAGCUUGGUGAAGUCUUGACGGGACUGGCCAGCCCUUCGCUGCUCGAGACAUACGUUCUGGAGCGGGAAAAGACCGCCAUCGAUUUGAUCAACUUUGAUCGCUACUUUGCGAAGCUGUUCUCCUCCGGAGCCAAUACAUCUGCAGAAUUCCAGGAAGGCUUCAUCCAAGCGGGAAAAUACACAGCUGGUCUCACAGCCAAAUAUGAUGUAUCUCCCAUUACCAGUGCCUUAGAGUCUACAGAGCUGGCAUCGAAUGUAGUGGUUGGCAUGCGCCUGCCCAGUGCGCAGGUUGUGCGACUAUGUGACUCAAAACCUCUCCAGCUCAUGACAACGCUCAAAUCAGAUGGUCGGUGGCGUGUCAUGGCCUUUGUCGGUGAUCUCACAGAUUCCGAGAACCGGACCAAGUUGAACACGCUCGGAGAAUACCUGUUCUCACACGACGGACCAGUCCACAUGUUCACACCAAAGUCACAGGACGUUGAUAGUCUAAUUGAGACCAUUGUGGUUGGUCAUGGAAAGCGACAUGAUAUCGAGCUGGAGCACAUUCCUGAAUGCUUCUACCCAGUGACUGGCAAGAAUCAGACAAAAGAUCUGCACAAGAUGUAUUACGAUGAUGAGAGUUACAAUAAUGGCCAUGGACGUGCAUAUGAAUCCCUCGGCAUCAACCCCAAAGAAGGGGCCCUGAUCAUCGUCCGCCCUGAUCAAUAUGUUUCCGCCGUAAUCGGUCUCGAUCGAUACCGAGAAAUUGGUAAAUACUUUAGGGGAUUUCUCAAGCCGCAAACCCGCGCUCCCAACGUGGGUGGUGUCUACCACGACGAGUCUGAGAGCACUGCCUCCCUCAUUGACGUUGACUCUCCGCACGUCAACACCGUCGACCCCGAUUUUAUCAACCAGGAAGUCAAGACAACUACACAGGCUGAGCGGAUAGAGCGCGAGGCCGCCGAGGCUGAGGAGCGCAAGGUUCGUGAGGCCAGUGAGAAGAAGGCCAAGGCUCGCAAGGCGAAGAACAGCAGUCUUUACGCCAACUCCAGUAACCCCGUGUACAUCACCAACGCCGUUCUCGGUGCUCUGGUCGGAGCUGGUCUGGGCUUCGGUGCCUACCACAAGCAUGCCCAAGGCAAGCUUUCGUGGGAGUUGGUCGGCCUUGUGUCUGGUGCCGUGGGUGCUGUCGGUGUUGUGGACUACUUUGCCAGCAAGUGGUUCCUACAGAACAAGUACCCUACCAAAUAG